AUGGAGGAAGAAGUCCAGGAGCGAGGAGGCCGACGGUCGCGGCCAUCCACAGGGACAAAUCCCGACAGCAACGCCGAUUCCCAACCUUCGACGCGAACUACUGGCAGUAACAACAACAACAACCGCCCCUAUCCCUCGCCUGCGACCUCAACUACGAGUCCAGGUACAUCGCUAAGACCCGAUGAAAUACGGCCACUGCUUCCUGCCCACUCAGCUUCCUCUCUCUUAGCAGUACCCGAAACCAGCUACUUGGAAGGACCGAGCAUAGAGUUGAGGCAGUCCGAUUCACAAGCCGAAAUCGCCGUCCACCAGCACCUAAACGAGAUCGAGUCUAGCUUUUCCGCCCCUAUUUCUCCUUUCCCGACAUCAGAGAGAGGCGUCGACGAUACCUAUGACCUCUUCGACUCCGCGUCCAGGCAAGCUGCACCAGCCGGGCCGAAAGCGACCGCUGCACCUGCGACUCCUCCGCCACCCCCACCAGCGCAUGCCGACGCACGAUUACAAACACCCAGAAACACGCAACAGUCGAGCUACGAGUCCGAGAAUGACUCCGAGGACGACACACAACAUCUCCCCCAAAACAGCAACAAAAUGCGUGUAGUCACAGCCAAGGAGGCCGACGAGACCACCAUGCAGAGGUCCAACUACGAAGAGGAAGAGGGUGGAGGCGAGGAAGAGAGCCAGAGUGGAGAGGAUGAGCCGAAUGAGGCACAUGAGCAACAUGAGCAACAUGUUGCGGAUACAUCCAUGACAAGUAACACGACUUCGGCUCUAGAAUCCUUCUCUCCGUCUCCCCCAACGAGGGCGACACCUCGCGCUGUUUCGCAACCAAGUCAAGACAGACAAGUUGACGACCAUGACGGAAAUGGGUCGUCCCACGAGCAAGAGCACCAUGACGAGUCCGACGAGUCUGAUUAUUGGCACGAAACUCCCACCAAACCAAGGUCGACCCCCGGGAACAACAAGAACCCGCAGCAGGUGCCCUCCACCCAGAACGCUAGAAAAACUCUCGGUAAAGAAAAGAUGACCCCGGAACAGACACCGGAACCGACCCCCGAGCACCCCUCCAAGCAGUUGCAUGUCAGAAAACAGGCUCCAGAGCAGAAUCAGACAAAGAACCAGCAGUCUCCGCAACAAGACAGAGGCGAGCUUCCCAACCGCCCCAAGUACCUUAAGAGAGGCCAAAAUGGACAGCGUGAUUCCGUAUCAUCUUAUACUAGUGAUCUAGAUCCCGACAGUGAUCAUACGAUUGGUAUGGGAACAGACUACGCGCUGCACUCCGGCGGUGCGUCUUCUUCGACGGAAAGGCCGGGAGAUACGAAUGGGCUCACGAGGACCAUCAGCCUGGGCAGCUUUGCUAGUGGCUACGAAGACCCUGAUCCCUCUGGUCCCAUUUCCGGACUUACUCCUCUUGACGAAGCUUACAAUGCGAUAUCCCCGGAGCCAGCGGUCAUGCGCCAGCUACGGGACCAAGAAGAUGAUGGGGUACAAACACCCAAAGCCCGCAAAACACCACCUCCUCUUGCUGCGCCAUCUGACACAGUUCUCGCCCGGCAUGUUAGAGAUGUGCAGGUGCCCGAGUCUCUGGCGAAAGAGUACAGGGCGAAGACAGGACUGACGACGCCGCUGAAACCCCUUAGCCUCGCCGAUCUUAAGAGUCCCGGAAAGCUAGGCGCUUCGGCGGUGACAACCCGGGCUGGCGGAAAGAGCUUGACUUUGAAAGAGCAAAGUAGCACCAUUGAGCGGUUGAGCAAAGAAAAUUUUGACUUGAAGCUCAAGGUCAUGUUUCUAAGUGAUCGCCUGGAUAAGCUAUCUGAAGAGGGUAUUAAGGAGAUGAUCUCGGAGAACGUGGAGCUCAAAACUGGGCUGGCCGUGUUGCAAAGGGACAACAAGAUGCUAAGGAAAAGGGUCAAGGAGUUGGAGAAACAAGUCAAGGACGAGGAUGAGCGACCAGGCACUGCCCGCAGCGAUCAGUCAGAUGAGGAGAGUGCUGCCUAUAAUCAAGAGGUGCAGGAAGAGUUGAUGUACCUCAGGGAGCAAUUAGAGGAGCACAUCGUCGAGAUCGAAAGGCUGCGGAAUGAAAAUCUCCAUAAAGAGGCGGAAAAGAGACGUAUGGUGGAAAUGGUUCGGACCCUCAGCGAAAAGACGGGCGAGAGGUUUGGCGGAGACCUCGAUCGACAAGAAGAGGCCGAUGUUUACAAGGAUCUGCUCGAGCAAGAGACGGCGAGGAGGGAGCAGAGUGACGAGGAUAACCGAAGGCUGCGCGAAGAAAUCUUCCGCCUCAAGCAGGAAAUGGCAAUGCAACCGAACGGCAAUGGGCAAUACCAGCAGCAACAGCAAGGUUCCAACAUGUCUUACCUCAGCCGAAGAUCCCGUGAUCAAGGGAGCGCUUCCAGUCGGCCUACGACUUCGUUUUCUGCUGAUCAGGACGUUGCAAGCUCGGCUGCCACUCUGAUUGAAGAACUUCGUCGGGAAAGCGAACAGCUGCGCCAUGAAAACGCCGAGCUUCGUCGUGAAGUGGGCGCACAAACCUCGAUGCUAACAUCCCGAAACCGCGAGAAGGAACGUCUCUACCAAGAAAUCGAGGAUUUGAAGAUGGCACAGCGUCGCGGAGGCCCUGCGCCGUCUACUAUCGACAGCCUCUUGGAGAGGUCGGCAUCCCGCGCCGGUGUCCACGAGAGAUCACACUCGAGAGCUAGCGGCAGAACCGGUAUGACGGGACUGGACGACGCCGACCGUGAAGAGCUCGAGAAUAAGAUUUCUCAGAUGCGGGACAAGAACAACGAACUCCGGCUUCAGAACCAGGAUCUGGAGCGUGAGUUGGCGGCCUGCAUGGAAGACUUUGAGAUGCUCUGCGAAGCGAAGAAGCAGGCCGAAGAGCAUGCUAAUACUCUGCAAGAUGAGAUCGAGGCAGCGAUGCAGGAUCUUGUUAGCCUGCAGACUGAGCGUGACGAGGCCCUUCAAGAACACGCGAACCUUGAGCAGGAGUUCGAAGCUCUGCGCAAAGAAGCCCAGGAGGAGAUCGAUGCGCUGGAGGGUGAAUCGGAUCUCCGUAGUGCCGAGAUUGAGCGCCUCCAACUUGAUCUGAACGAUCGUAACGAGAAUUUCGAUGCCUUGCAGGAGGAGAUGCGCAAGAUGAGCGACGCCCUUGUUCGCCUGGAGGAUGAGCAGGAAGCCAAGCACAAACGGAUACAGACGCUUGAGCAAGAGCUUAACGACGCCAACAGAGAACUAGAGGAACUCGAAUUCAAGCUUCUCGAGGCCAACGACAAAGCCAACCGUCUAUCAGUCCAGCAAGAGUCAAGCCAAGGGGAGAUUGCGUUCUUGCGGGAAGAACAGGAGAACGACAAGAUCCGGAUUGGUGAUCUGGAAGCGGCACUGGCAAAUUCCGAGCAAGGUAUGCGUGAUGAGAAGGACAGAGUCAGAGAGCUCGAGAACCGCCUGGCCCAGGAGAGGAGACAACGGGAGAUUGUCGCAAACAGGGAGAAGGAGGAGGUACAGCAGUUCAUCAACGAGCUCAACAAGGAAGCAACAGCGGCCAAGGACGAAGCCCGACGACUGCGCAAGAGCCUGACCAGCAGAGAGGUCGAGGCUACGGAGUGGAAGGAGCGGCUACUCGAGCUCGAGAAUAACCUUCGCGAGGCUUUAGGUGACCUGAAUGGCACCAGGUCUAGCCUUCUCAAGUCUAUCGCCAAGCUCCAAAUGGACCUCGAAAAGGCCGUCCGCGACCUUGACACCACCAAGGCAUCACUGGCUGAAAAGGACCGCAUCAUCAAGCAGCGUGACGCUCUUCUUGAAUCCCAUGCUCUCGAAUCCCGCAAGGUUGGCGAGAUGCUCGACAAAGAGCGCCAAGCUCAUCGGAACACCAAGAAUCAGUUUGAGACGUUCCAGAAGACGCACCAUCAUGUUACGCGCACACUGUCUCAAUCAGACGCGCGCAUUGCGGAGCUGGAAAAUGGCAAAGCCCAAGACAAGAAGCGCAUCGCUCAGCUCGAGGCUACCUACAAAGAACAGCUCACCGAACGCAACACUCUGCUGCUCAACCUCUGGACCAGGCUAUCCAGUCUGUGCGGUAGCGACUGGGCUCACGACAAUAGUCUCAUCAAUGGUCGCGCUCUGCCUAGUCUGGAGUCGGUCGCUACCAUGUUCCCUGGGUUCAGCAAGAACCUCUUGGCUGCGGUGAAGACUCUGGAGACCAUGGUCAGCAGCUUCCAGACCAAGGUGAAAUCAGUGGAGCGUGACCUGUGGAGAGAAUACCAGGCGCUAGAGAGCCACCUGGAGAUGCGAGCCAAAAAGAUGGAUCGUCUGGAGCACAUUGUGCGCAACAGCAUUGCAGCCGGCACCACGGGCAACGGCGUCCUGACGGCCGCUGAAGCCCAGGGCAGGUUGGCCCGACUGGAAGAAGCCUACAGGCAGCUCAAGGUGGAAAAUCACACUCUCCGAACAGCAGCCGAAGUGCGCGCUAGAGCCGCGUACGCCGCUGCACAGUCUUCUCGAGGAGGAGGAUCAGAUCGUCACCAACAGAGCCCCAGUCCACUGCCGUCAGUAGGGCCAAGGGACAGGGAACGAAUGCCCAGUGACAGAAUGUCUAUUCACAGUCAAGUAGAUACCAGAAAAGGCCCCGGCAGCAGCAGGCCGAGUUCCAUUGCCGUACCGCAGCGAUCAGCGAGUAGCAGUCGCAGGUCCAUGAUCAACGACAUGGACGGGCACACGGACGAUGGUUUACUGUCGGGAAACUCCCAACGGCCCCUGUCUCGGGCACAAAGUAACCAGUCGCAACAAAGUCAUCAACAGUACCAGCACCAGCAGAAUCACCCCCAAGUGCAAUCCCAAGCCUCCUACACUGGCCCCGGUGGUGGAGGUGGGGGGAUUCAACAAACGUCAGCCGAAAGGGGAGUCGCUCCUCCUUCCGGUCCGGGGUCGAACGCUAGUACCAACAACCCUGCUGCCACACCUGGCAUGUACCUCCAAGCCGGAGGUGGAAGCCAAACAGGAGGGACAACAAGCGCAGACAACAAAUGGAUGCUGAGGUUGAGAGACCUGGAGUACAAGCUCAAAGCCGAAAGGGAAGGGAGAAUCUUGGACCGUAACGAGGCGCUCAAGAGGAUCAACACGAGCGAGUCGGAGAACCUGGCCCUGAGAGAGAAUCUGGAGAGGGAGAAGAGGAGGAAGCGGGAGAGCGCUCAGAGUUCCGGCACGAGUAGUGGUCUCACUGGAUUGGGCAACGGCGAAAGGGCUGAUCCUAGAUCGUUCGCGUAG